AUGGCUUCCCGUCAGAAAUUGUUUUGGCCCCAUGCCGCUUUGCUUCAUUAUAAAAGGGCGAGAAACUGCACUCGGUCGUCGAAGACCGCCUUCUUCAAAGGCGAGAUUCACACAAGUCUGACCAGUGACAAUUCCUUCGGUUCAAAGAAUGGUCGGAAAGCCGAGGAAGCAUUAAAGGAAGAAGAAGGCAGAAGAACCACAGUUCGCUUUCGCACGAAUGAUAUCUGCAAGGGAUCUUACAACGACCUCUACUCCUCGAAGGACUGCGACAUAAACCCUAUUUACGUGGACGUCAUCGAGGAACUGCCUACUGGCGUCGCAACGGACAUCAAGCUAUUCGAGGGACAGUGUCGAAUCAAGAUCAAAAAGGAAUACGCGAAGGAGACAUCAUCCCUCCUAAGAGAACGGCUGAUUCACCAACUCUUUGCAGAUGACGUCAUCAUCUUCACCAAAGAUCCGGCAAAGUUCCAAACAAAGGUUCUACAGUUGCAGAAGGAGUCAUACCGCAUCGGUCUGGAGAUGAAUAUCUUCAAGAUGAAAUCGCUGCACAAUCAGAUGUUGAAGAUUGUUCGAGCACAUGCUCGUACAAGUACAGCCGACGAGGAGGAAGUGGAAGAAUUCUAUAAAGAAUCGGAACCGGUACUGGUCCCAAAGCCGACGUAUAUGUUCGUCAUGGGAGACAUCAAUGCCAAGGUCGGACGAGGAAGGUCCGGGAAAAACUUUUUUGAAACAAAACAUCCUUACAAUGACAACACUUGGUUCGAAAAGAAGACCAACAGGAAGUGGAGAUGGAUUGAACCCGGCAGUGUGUCCAAGAACGAGACAGUGUUCGACAAAGCACCAGUGCUAUCGUUCAGUAUCGGCAGCAUUCACAGACUGGAGCGGGCGAGGCUAAUGUUCGAAAUUUCAACAGAAAUUGAGGUCUGGAAGGCAGCUGCGAUGACGAGAAAUUGA